AUGCCAAGGUUACCAGUUGGUCGAGGUCGUGGUCGAGGUCGUGUUCGAGGCCAAGAAGUUGAUCCAAUUGAUUAUAAUACGAUGAAGGAAGAAUUAUUGAAUGAAAUCCGAGUGAUGAUGGGUCAGAAUAACAUUCAUCAUGAAGAAGGAGACGAGGAAGAAGGGGAUAAUACCAACGAAGAAGGGGAUUAUACCAACCCUUUUGGUAGAGGACGCCGUGAAGGUAGGAUAAUCCAACGUGACGAUUCUGAGCGCUGGAAGGCCGGAAUAAAAGUGGAGGUUCCAGAAUUCUAUGGAGGUUUAGAACCGGAGGAGUUUCUUUCGUGGUUGAACACAGCUGAGGAAGUAUUGGAAUUUAAGGAUGUACCAGAUAACAAACGAGUUCAGCUGGUAGCAACUAUGUUUCGGGGAAGAGCUAAUUCGUGGUGGCAACAACACAAACUACAACGCUCUCGUAAAGGGAAGCAGAAGUUAGUCUCGUGGGAGAAGAUGAAGAAACAUAUGAGAGCAGAAUUUUUACCACACAACUAUAUCAGCUUGAUGUACCAGCAACUACAAAACCUACGCAAGGGAACACGUUCUAUAGACGAGUACACGAAGGAAUUUUAUCGAUUACUUUCUCUUAACGAUUUGUCGGAGUCAGAUGAGCAAAGAGUCGCACGUUAUGUAGGUGGUCUUCCUCAGCAAUAUCAGAUACACUUAACAUGUUUGACUGUUGUUCUAUAUCGGAUGCACAUCAUAGAGCAAGGCAGCUAUUUUGGAGGCAAGUGUAAUAAGUGCGGUGAAACUGGGCACAAAGGCACUGACUGUCGCAAAGUAGAACGUGUGAACAAGGUUCUUUUCAAUGAAGACAAUCGUGAAGAAGAUGAUUGGGUACCUGAAUAUGAUGAUCCAGAGGAUGACUCUGAACCUAGUGAUGAAGUAGUUACAGGAGAUACAGGAGUGAACUUUGUAGCAAGAAGAAGUUUUCUCACUCCACGUACAGAUGAGGACGACAACUGGUUACGUAAUAAUAUAUUCCAGUCGACAUGUACGAUCGAGGGAAAAGUUUGUCGUUUAGUUAUUGAUCCUGGAAGUUGCGAGAAUAUUAUUGACGAAGAGGUCGUGAAACGGUUUAGGCUGGAAACCAAGGCACAUCCGCAUCCAUAUAAACUUUCUUGGCUUAAGAAAGGGAAUGAGGUGAAAGUAAACAAACGUUGCUUGGUUUCUUUUUCGAUUGGUAACAAAUAUAAAGAUAAAAUAUGGUGUGACAUUACUAGUAUGGAUGCUUGUCACUUGUUGUUGGGUCGACCAUGGGAGUUUGACAGGAAAACUAGUCAUGACGGGCAUAAAAAUACCUACAGCUUUUUAUGGAACGACGUACGUAUAGUACUUGUACCCAGCAAAGAAAUUGCACCUAAACCAUCUACCGGACAAACUACCAAUCUCUUGUCGUUUAAGCAGUUUGAAGUUGAGGCAGAAGAUGCAGGAGAACUGUAUGUGUUGAUUAGCAAAGACCAACAGCCGGAUGAAAGUAGUAUCCCUAUUGCAGCUCAACCUUUAAUUAAGGAAUUUAUUGAUGUUUUCCCUAACGAGUUGCCAGACGAGCUACCACCUCUCCGGGAUAUACAACACCAUAUUGAUCUCAUCCCUGGAUCAAGCUUGCCAAACAAAGCGCAUUAUAGAAUGAGUCCUAAGGAGCAUGAAGAACUUCGUCGUCAAGUGGAAGAGUUGUUACAGAAAGGUUUGAUCCGACAGAGCCUAAGUCCUUGUGCUGUACCGGCCUUGUUGAUUCCAAAGAAAGAUGGAACGUGGAGAAUGUGUGUUGACAGUCGAGCCAUCAACAAAAUCACAGUAAAAUACCGUUUUCCAAUUCCUAGAUUGGAUGACCUGCUAGAUCAGUUGUGUGGAGCGAAGGUGUUUAGCAAACUCGACUUGAAGAGUGGGUACCAUCAGAUCAGAAUUCGAGAAGGUGAUGAGUGGAAAACAGCUUUUAAGACUCGAGAAGGGUUAUAUGAGUGGAUGGUUAUGCCGUUUGGAUUGUCCAAUGCGCCUAGUACAUUCAUGCGUAUAAUGAAUCAAGUUCUCAGGCCCUUUAUCGGUACUUUUGUGGUCGUUUAUUUCGACGAUAUUCUUAUUUAUAGUGUUGAUAUGAACAUGCAUUUUCAACAUCUUCGAGAAGUGCUUUCAACUCUACGUCGGGAAAAAUUAUUUGCAGCCAUCAAGAAGUGUUCAUUCAUGACUGACCAAAUUCUAUUUCUCGGCUAUGUCGUAACCAAGGAUGGAAUAAAGGUAGAUGAUUCCAAGGUUGAAGCUGUAAGAAAUUGGACCACACCCUACACUGCA